UUUGGUUCCCAAUAGGCAAGUGGCUAGUCUCUACACAAUUCGCUGACUCAACCGCUAUCGCAGUUUCUGGCGCUGGAGGAAUAGUAAUUUUUUUAGGGUCUGUGUGUUCCUUUGAAUGGGAUGAUGGUGCUGUGGAUGUGUGUAUUCCUUCCUGUCCUCUCUGCCGCCCAGCGGUCAGAGCCAAUGUUCUCAGCAGUCACAGGGACCAUGCUGCCGCCGGACUACGACAACAACCCCACACAGCUCAACUAUGGAGUGGCUGUUACUGAUGUAGACAACGAUGGAGACCUGGAGAUGUUUGUAGCUGGGUACAAUGGUCCCAACCUGGUUCUGAAGUAUGACAAGCAGAGUAAGAGACUUGUUAACAUCGCUGUCGACAACCGUAGUUCCCCGUUCUAUGCUCUGAGAGAUCGCCAAGGCAACGCCAUUGGAGUGACAGCCUGUGAUAUUGACGGAGACGGCAGAGAGGAGAUCUAUGUUCUCAAUACCAACAAUGCCUUCUCAGGCCGAGCCACCUAUUCCGAUAAGCUGUUUAAGUUCCGUAACGGGCGCUUUGAAGACCUUCUGAGUGACGACAUUAAUGAACACCGUGACGUAGCCAAUCGCAUGGCUGGACGAUCCGUAGCCUGUGUGGACAGAAAGGGCACAGGUCGUUAUGCCAUCUACAUAGCCAACUACGCCAGUGGCAAUGUGGCGCCCCAUGCCCUGAUAGAGAUGGACGAAGCUGCCAGUGACCUCUCCAAAGGGGUCAUCGCCCUUUCCAACGUGGCGGAUCAGGCUGGAGUCAACAAGUUCACAGGUGGUCGUGGUGUUGUAGUAGGUCCCAUCAUCAACCAGUACCUGUCCGACGUGUUUUGCGACAACGAGUAUGGACCCAACUUCCUGUUUCGAAACAACGGCGACGGAACUUUCACGGACGUGGCUCAGUCGGCAGGUCUGGAGGACCCCAUGCAGCAUGGUAGGGGGGUGACACUGGCCGACUUCAACAGAGAUGGAAAGAUGGACAUUGUCUAUGGGAACUGGAAUGGGCCCCAUCGACUUUACCUACAGCUAGGAAACAGCCGGAAGCACAGAUUUAAGGACAUUGCAUCUCAGAAGUUCUCCAUGCCGUCUCCGGUUCGGACAGUCAUUGCUGCUGACUUUGAUAAUGACAACGAGCUGGAAGUGUUCUUCAAUAACAUUGCUUACAGAGGCUCCUCAUCCAACAGACUUUUCAGGGUGACCAGGAGAGAACACGGGGACCCCCAGAUUGAGGAGCUGAACGUGGGGGAAGCUGCUGAGCCAGAGGGACGAGGAACAGGGGCAGCAGUUACAGACUUUGACGGAGAUGGUCGUCUGGACCUACUGGUUUCUCAUGGAGAGAGUGCUGCCCAGCCCCUCUCCAUCUACAAAGUCAACCAGGGCGCCAAGAACUCGUGGCUGCGUGUCAUCCCUCGUACUCAAUAUGGGGCAUACGCCCGCGGGGCUAAGGUGGUGGUCUACACCAAGAGAAGUGGCCCACACACACGUGUCAUCGACGGAGGUUCUGGCUACCUCUGUGAGAUGGAGCCUGUUGCACACUUUGGGCUUGGUAAGGACACAGCCACCAAUGUGGAGGUGUACUGGCCAGAUGGAAAGUCAAUCGCCAGGCCUCUGGAAGCCAGUGAGAUCAACACAGUCCUGGAGAUCCUCUAUCCCACCGGAGAGGAAGAGGAAGAGACCCCGGAGAUCGAGAUAGAAUGUGGGAACGGGUUUGCUCUGAAUGAACACGGCCGGUGCACAGAUAAGGAUGAGUGCGCCCAGUUCCCCUCCGUGUGUCCGCCCGACCGUCCUGUGUGCACCAACACCUACGGCAGCUACAAGUGUCGGGCCAAUAAGAGGUGCAGCCAGGGCUAUGAACCCAAUGACGACGGGUCGGCCUGCGUGGGUGAGUGGGCUCGUCCUGGCCCUGCUUUUGGCCAUCGUCACGCUGCAUCACGCCAGCUGAACGGGCCCAAACGGGUCUGGUACCAGAAUCCGUGGCCGAGGAUAUACAGCAGAUUAACCUGUGCAAGAAUUACCCCCCACCCCCACACACCAUCACUGUGGCAGCCUUACUACCUAUUACAGGUUUUGCAAAUUUUUAUUUAUGGCUGUGGUUUAUGGCUGUGGUUAACCUUUUCUCCACUCUCCAUUUCCUGUUACUCUCUGCAGCACAGAUCGCUUACUUUGGGGGAACCCGCUCUUCUGGGGCACGGCGAUUGGCCGGCCUCUCUGUCUGGCCUCUGUCUCUACUGCCUGUCCUCUCCUCCCACCUGCAGACCAGACCGCUGUAACUGCUACACACCUGGGGACACACCCCUUCCUCUUUGCUCUAAUUCUGUCUCUCUGUCCGCCACUGGAUCCUCGAGAGAAAGGAGUAAGGGGGAUUGAAACCUACUCAAAUCAUGUCUCUUCUCUCUCCCUUCCUAUCUAAAAUUAACUGAUCGUAGGAGUCCCGCUCUUCCGUCUUAAAACGAUCUUUGCAUAGUCGAUUUUCCUUUUCACUCGUCUCAUGCAUUACAGAUCACAGACCUUCUCUUCCUCCUUCACUUGUUCAUGCACUCUGCUGUUUCUCAACUCUUAUCUCCUAGCCCCCUCUGAACGGAGUAAUAAGGGAUACACACAAACAAUCUCAGAACACACACACAUAGGGAUGGCUAUGCGAGGGGUGACCGUUACCGUUCUUCUGGCAGCAGGAUAUUGUGCUAGCAGCGCUAACUGAGAAUUUCUUUUUCAAAAUAAAA